GGGCUGUGUUGCGAUCAGUGGAAGAGAUGGACUGUUGGCGGGUGUCAGCAAAAGCGUCGUCCGACGUGAAACUUCGAUGCGUUAUUCGGUGAAAUUAUGACACUGAAUAUGAAUUAACUCAUAUUUUUUAACAGGAUGUGUAUUUUUACAGAAGGUUGUUCAACUUGAGGUUCAUUCCGUCGCCUCGUUUUCAUUCUUGGCCUCGCAAUGGAUGAGGAUUUCCUCCUCGCCAUCCGGCUGCAGGAGCAGUUCGACAGCGAGACGUCGUCGCCGUUCACGUCGAACCGUGUCGGCGACGACGAGCUCGGACAGAACAGCAAGAAGCGGAAGUUGGACGACGGCGGCGACGUGGACGUGGUCCCCCACCGGAGGCCGCCCGAGAGGCCGCUGUCCAUCGUGGACGCGUCGUGGGAGACGCUGGACCCGAGCCCCGACGUCCGGGGCAUGUUCCUGCAGUUCAACGACAUGUUCUUCUGGGGGAAACUGUGCGGCGUGGAGGUGAAGUGGAGCCCCCGAAUGACGCUUUGUGCUGGCGUGUGCUCUUACGAAGGCCGAGGUGGACUGUGUUCCAUCCGACUCAGUGAACCGCUGCUGAAGCUGAGACCUAGAAAAGACCUGGUUGAGACUCUCCUCCACGAAAUGAUCCACGCCCUCCUGUUCGUGACCCAGAACAACCGGGACAGAGACGGUCACGGGCCCGAGUUCUGCAACCACAUGAACCGCAUCAACAAGGCCACCGGAACGAAGAUUUCUGUCUACCACAGCUUCCACGACGAGGUGGACGUGUACCGGCAGCACUGGUGGCGAUGCGACGGGCCCUGCCAGAGCCGCAAGCCCUACUUCGGCUACGUGAAGAGGGCCAUGAACCGGGCUCCGUCCUCCCAGGACCCUUGGUGGGGAGACCACCAGAGGACGUGCGGCGGGACCUACACCAAGGUGAAGGAGCCUGAAGGAUACGGCAAGAAGAAGGGCGGUAAAAAGGAGGGGAAGGCCGCGAGUAAGGAGGCCUCGGGAAUCGGCAAAGCUUCGAGUACGACUAACGGAAAACCCUCAAGUACAACUGCAGGUACUGGAUCACAGGACAUCAGGAAUAUUAUCCCAUUUAGCGGCAAAGGCUUCCUGCUCGGAGGGUCGUCACUGUCCGCCACGUCUUCGUCCCCGUCUCGCAGACCUACGGUGCCUGUUGAGAAAACUCCGUCGCCCAGUUCAAUCUCCCCUCCUAAGAAACGCACGCCGCCGUCAUUCCCGGCGAUCACCCCUCCUGUUCCCUCCAGGGGCUUCCCCUCCGCCAGGCCAGCAGCCCCCGCGGGGCCGAGGCCGCCCACGAAGAGGUCCGUCAGUAACACGAGGGUGUUCGUCAACGUCAACGGGUCGCCGGUUCGAAUCCCCAAACCCAACGGUAGCAGCGGCAGUGGCCGGGGAGCGGAGAAAACAAAGCAAAGGACCAUCAGAGACUUGUUCAACGACACGGGCGUCGGCAAAUCGGACGGUCAAUCCUCCUCGGACAAAGACGCUAACAGAGGUUGGCUGACAUCACCAAGGAGCGUCGUGAGCGCCUCCUCUGCCUCGACGUCUUUAAGUUCUUCGUCUAAGCCUGUAGUUCCUAACGAAGGCGUUCAGGAUCAACCGGAGCAGUCAAAGUAUUUCAACUAUUCCAACACCGAGGGUGAAUCAGGGGGUCCGACCUCGAGGCCGCGGCAGGGCGGCAUCUUCGACUUCUUCCAAAAAACACAAGGCGCCGAUUCAGCGGCAUCGAGGGAAUCGACAAAUACAAAAUCACCUGCAGUGCGGCAAAGAACUGCCACCGCCACCUCCUCCUCCUCCUCCUCGUCCUUUACUGCAUCGUCUCUCAGCGUUCCUGCGUCCUCCUCUUCCUCUUCGUCACUCAUGGUCAGCUGUCCCGUGUGCCAAGCAAAGGUGCAGGAGUCCAAGAUCAACGAGCAUCUCGAUUCCUGCAUCUCCUGAAUAGAGGGGAAUAUAAAGGAGGACAAGACUGAAGGGGUGUUGCAAUAACAAAAAAAGCCAGGAGAAGUUUCAGGGAAUUUGCCGUGUUGAUAUCGGCUGCAUGCUGAUAUUACAUCACUUUUAUGUUCCGGUUUUUACUUCCAGAUUGGACUGAUUUUCGAAGAGGUUUUACCUUUUUGCAGUGAUAAUAAUUCUUCUGUCACGAGUGCCUGUCUGACAGAACGCCAGGGUUUUAACAGAUGAUGUGAGUUCACUGAGUUUUCAUUUUUGUAUCAGGCAAAACUAAACUAACAAAAAUACCAGUAAAUUCAGUUUGUCGUCUGGUAAAAGUUUUUUUUAAAGUUUUUUUUACCAGAAACAGAAACACUGAAUAUGACAUCUUCUCAUAUUACCUUCCAUCCUAUUGAUCGGGAAAGGGGGUCAAAUCUAUCCAAUCAUUCACUUCAAGCUGCAUGGAUCCACACACUGGACAAUAUCCGCCAUGAUUUGAUCAGUACGACGUGAAACUUGACCGGGUGUGCCGUGUUACGUGCAGAGAAAGGUUAUGUUGGGGUCCGACGUUCCCUUCAGACGGCAGGAGACGCCUGCGGACCGGCGGUGGAUCAGAUUUCACACUCGCUCGCUGUUUAUUUCUACUCGUCCUGGCGUCGACACCGCACCCGUCUGCAGGGUCGGCUGCUGCGAGAGUGUCGUCCGCUGAUCUUACGGACGUUCCCCGUCAGUCGGGUCUAAAAUAGAACUUUUCCGGGUGGUUUGAAUGCCUUUGUUGACUUUUAGACUGUAAAAUGCCAAUUUCACUGCGAAAGCAUUUGAAUUUUAUAUGUGUGUGUGUGUGUGUUCUUUUAUAUGUUGUGUUUGUUUUAAAGGAAGUUGCUAAAUAUGUUCAGGAUAUGUCGCCAAAUAAAAAGUUUUUCUAUCGAUCAA